GUUCGAGCAUGUGUCCAUGCUGGUGAUCCUGCUCAACUGUGUGACUCUGGGGAUGUUCCAGCCCUGUGAAGACGUCGCCUGCCAAUCAGAGUGGUGCCGCAUCCUUCAGGUAUUGGACGACUGUAUCUUCGCUUUCUUCGCUGUGGAAAUGGCCAUCAAGAUGGUGGCUCUGGGAAUUUUUGGCCCCAAUUGUUACCUUGGUGACAAAUGGAACCAGCUUGACUUUGUCAUCGUCAUGGCAGGGGUGAUGGAGUAUUCCCUGGAUGGCCAUAAUGCCAGUCUGUCAGCCAUCCGCACCGUCCGAGUACUCAGGCCACUCCGGGCCAUCAACAGAGUACCAAGUAUGCGCAUCUUGGUGACACUGCUAUUGGACACUCUACCCAUGCUGGGAAAUGUCCUCCUCCUCUGUUUCUUUGUGUUUUUCAUCUUCGGCAUUGUUGGAGUCCAGCUGUGGGCGGGGCUACUGCGCAACCGCUGCUUCCUGGGAGAGGACAUCAGAACGAUGUACAACUUGUCCAUAAGUCUUUACUACAUGUCCGAGGAAGGUGAAGACAGCCCAUUUAUCUGCUCGGCUGCCCGCGAGAAUGGGAUGCUGCGCUGCCACGAUGUGCCGGCCUACACUGAGGGCGGUGCAGAGUGCUCAUUGGCUGCUUCCCACCAAAAUUCAGCUCUGAUUGGAUCGGCCCCUGUGGUGGGUGUUAACGGCUGUGUUAACUGGAAUCAGUACUAUAAUGUGUGUCGCCCCGGAGACAUCAACCCUCACAAGGGAGCUGUCAACUUUGACAACAUUGGCUAUGCCUGGAUAGCCAUAUUCCAGGUCAUCACACUGGAAGGAUGGGUAGAUAUCAUGUACUAUGUCAUGGAUGCUCACUCCUUCUACAAUUUUAUAUAUUUUAUACUGCUCAUUAUCGUGGGCUCUUUCUUCAUGAUCAACUUGUGCCUCGUGGUCAUCGCCACCCAGUUUUCCGAGACAAAGCAACGGGAGAAUGCCCUGAUGAGGGAGCAGCGCGCUCGCUACAUGUCCAACGACUCCACACUCGCCAGUUACAGCGAACCGGGCUCAUGCUACGAGGAGAUGCUACGCUACAUCAGUCACCUUUAUCGAAAACUAACACGCAGGCUGCAGAGGAUAUACUCUGGAUGGCACAGUAAAAGGCGUAAAAAGGUGAAUCCUAAUGGCAGUGGGGGAGGCAGCAACGGAGGGGGUAAUGGACAUGGCCACGGUUCCAGCAGGGCCUGCGGAGGCUUAGGCCCGGGUAGCGCAUUGUGGUUGAGACCGAUCCAUAACCUCCUGCAGCACCAUCAGCACCAGCACUGUCGCCUCAGCAACGGGGGGCAGCACACCAUCAGCGUGGCAACCGGCGAGCACAUGGACGGAGAAGGAGGGGUUGGAGGAGGGGAGGAGCUGGAGAUGAAGUCGCUUCCUGUCCGGAGAGGAAGCACAACCGGAAAUAGUGGCAGCGGCGGCAACACGCCCGUUGUCACUCAGGGCAUGGGGGCAUUGCUGGGGCGACUGAAUGGGGGGAUGAACUAUCCGACCAUUCUGCCGUCGUUUGUGUGCAGCUACAGCAGUAAGACGCCACCCCCCCACUCCCAGCAGUGCGGGCACAGUCCAGAGCAGCACCCACCCAACCACCCAACAUCUGAACACACAGAGACGCUGAACAAGCUCUACCAGCUCAUGGGACAGCACAGGCGCCAGCGGCUGCUGUACCAGCUGGCAGGCGUGGUGCCCAGCCCUCUACUCUUGGAGCUGCUUAGCUGCCCUCUGUGUGCCCGCAGCCUGGAGACCUUGGAGCUGGAACUGGGAGACCUGGAGGGAGGCAGGGGAGAGGCUGACGGACUGCAUGACUUCCCCCAGAGUGGGGAUCUGAGAUGUAGGCGAGGUCGCAGCAGACGGCGGGGAGUCGUAGAGUACAAAAACGGAGUGGUUCAGGCCUGGGUAGGCUUCAGGGAAAAACUGAAGAGGAUUGUAGAAAGUAAAUACUUCAACCGAGGGAUCAUGAUCGCUAUCCUCAUCAAUACUCUCAGCAUGGGGAUAGAGUACCACGAGCAGCCUGAGGAGUUGACCGAUGUGUUGGAGAUCAGUAACAUCGUUUUCACCAGUAUGUUUGUCCUGGAGAUGGGCUUCAUGCUGCUGGCCUUUGGCUUGUUUGGAUACAUCAGGAACCCAUACAACAUAUUUGAUAGCAUCAUUGUUAUUAUCAGUGUGUGGGAGAUAAUCGGUCAAGCAGACGGCGGGUUGUCAGUCCUGAGAACAUUUCGACUGCUGCGAGUUCUGAAGCUGGUUCGCUUCCUGCCUGCCCUGAGGAGACAACUGGUGGUGCUGAUGAAGACCAUGGACAAUGUGGCCACAUUCUGCAUGUUGCUGAUGCUUUUCAUCUUCACCUUCAGUAUACUGGGUAUGCAUCUGUUUGGCUGUAAAUUUAGCCUUCAGACAGAGAAUGGAGACACCAUCCCCGACCGUAAAAACUUUGACUCUCUACUCUGGGCCAUUGUCACUGUAUUCCAGAUUCUUACCCAGGAGGACUGGAAUGUGGUGUUGUAUAACGGCAUGGCCUCCACCUCUCCAUGGGCGGCUCUGUACUUUGUUGCUCUCAUGACAUUUGGCAACUAUGUGCUCUUCAAUUUACUUGUGGCCAUCUUGGUUGAGGGCUUCCAGGCUGAGGGCGAUGCUAAUCGGUCAGAGUCAGAUGAUGAGAAGAAAUCAGACAACUUUGAGGAGGACGAGAAGGUUGAACAGCUCAGAGACACUGAGCUAAAAAUGUACUCUCUCAUGAUGACAGCCAACGGUCACGUUGACCCUCGUGGCUCGAUGGCUCCUCCUAUAAUCAUGCGCACUGCAGCCACACCCAUGCCCACUCCGAAGAGCUCUCUGGGACCUGAGUCCAUCCUUGGAGAGGAGCUCAUAUACAGAGAGGGUGUGCCUCAAUAUGGCGAAGGGGGACUGGGCUUCUGUGAGGCAGGAACUGGUCAUACAGAGUCUCGCCGUGGAAGCUCCACCUCCAUGGAACCCUUAGCCUAUGACCAGCAUUCCCUGAGCCUCUCAAGUCCCGGACGGCGCUCCCCUCUUCCUCCCCGCUCAUGGGGAAGCCGUCGCUCCAGCUGGAACAGCCUGGGAAGGGCGCCGAGCCUCAAAAGGCGAGACACGAGCGGGGAGAGAGAGAGCCUGUUGUCUGGGGAGGGUGGGGAAGAGGAAGAUGGUGGUGAGGACAGGGACGAGGCCGGGGGGAACAACAGACUACGGCCGGAGUCCCUGGAGCUGCUGCAGGCAUCCACGCUCUGCCCUUCCAUAGUGAUGGAGUAUGGCGACUGUAACGGGAGGACCCAGACAUAUGAUCUGAAUGUGAACUCUGACCCUAAGGACGACUCCUCGCCUGAGGACGACAUAGAUGAUGACAGUUCUUUGUGCUACUGGAUCAAAAAACAGCUCCGUAACAUGAAACCCCGCUGGUGCAAAGAGCAUGAAGACUGGACGCUGUAUUUGUUCUCUCCAGACAACAUGUGCCGCGUGUGGUGCCAAAGUGUGAUCUCUCACAAACUGUUCGACCAUGUGGUUCUGGUUUUCAUCUUCCUCAACUGCAUCACCAUUGCCCUGGAAAGACCUGAUAUACAGCCUCACAGCACGGAGCGAGUGUUUCUGAGUGUGUCCAACUACGUUUUCACUGUGAUCUUCCUGGCAGAGAUGGCCAUUAAGGUUGUAGCUCUCGGUUUCUGCUUUGGGAAGCAGACCUACCUGGUGAUCAGCCGAGCCCCAGGACUAAAGCUGGUUGUGGAGACACUUAUCACCUCUCUCAGACCCAUCGGGAACAUUGUCCUUAUCUGCUGCGCCUUCUUUAUCGUCUUUGGCAUCUUGGGAGUGCAGCUGUUUAAAGGGAAGUUCUACCACUGUGAGGGUCUGGACACGAAAAACAUCACCAACAAGUCUGACUGUCUGCAGGCCAGCUACCGCUGGAUACGAAGGAAGUACAACUUUGACAACCUUAUUCAGGCUCUGAUGUCUUUGUUUGUGCUGUCCUGUAAGGAUGGCUGGGUCAACAUCAUGUAUGAUGGGCUGGAUGCGGUGGGAGUGGACCAACAGCCUGUAAGGAACCACAACCCCUGGAUGCUGCUCUACUUCAUCUCCUUCCUACUCAUCGUCAGCUUCUUCGUCCUCAAUAUGUUUGUCGGCGUGGUGGUGGAGAACUUCCACAAGUGCCGGCAAGACCAGGAAGAGGAGGAGGCCCGCUUACGAGAAGAGAAGAGGCUCAAAAUGAUAGAGAAAAAGCGCAGGAGUAAGGAGAAUGGAGGGGCUGAGGCCAAGCAGAGGCCUUACUAUGCGGACUACUCUCCCCUGCGUCUGUCCAUCCACACACUGUGUACCAGCCACUACCUGGACCUCUUCAUCACUUUCAUCAUCUGCAUCAAUGUCUUCACCAUGAGCAUUGAGCACUACAAUCAGCCGCAGUAUUUAGAGGAGGUUCUGAAGUACUGCAACUACGUUUUUACCUGCAUCUUCGUCAUCGAGGCCAUUCUCAAACUUGCGGCAUUCGGCAUACACAGGUUCUUCAAAGACAGGUGGAAUCAGCUGGAUAUAGCUAUAGUUGCGUUGUCCAUCAUGGGCAUCACCCUGGAGGAGCUGAAAAUGAGCGCAUCACUGCCUAUAAAUCCUACCAUCAUCAGAAUCAUGAGGGUACUCAGAAUAGCACGAGUGCUAAAACUUCUGAAGAUGGCCACAGGGAUGAGAGCUCUUCUAGAUACUGUCAUGCAAGCCCUGCCACAGGUGGGAAAUCUUGGUCUCCUCUUCAUGCUGCUCUUCUUCAUCUACGCUGCGCUGGGAGUGGAGCUCUUUGGCAAACUGGAGUGCAAUGACAGCAACCCAUGCGAGGGUCUGAGUCGUCACGCGACCUUUGAGAACUUUGGGAUGGCCUUCCUCACACUGUUUCGAGUGUCCACUGGAGACAACUGGAAUGGGAUUAUGAAAGACACGUUAAGGGAGUGUCGUAAAGAGGAUCGUCACUGUCUCACCUACCUGCCCUUGGUCUCUCCGAUUUACUUUGUCACCUUUGUGCUCAUGGCCCAGUUUGUGCUGGUCAAUGUGGUGGUGGCUGUUUUGAUGAAACAUCUUGAGGAAAGCAACAAGGAGGCUAAAGAGGAUGCAGAGAUGGAUGCAGAGAUCGCCUUGGAAAUGGCGAUGGAGAGGCAGCGCAAGUUAAGCACAACCUCUAACAACAGUUCAGUGGGCGGGACCUAUGUUGGUCCAUGUCCACAUUCACCUGGACAGGAAGAAGAGGUGCAGUACGGUGACCAGGACCUGCUGUCGCCAAGGAAGAUGUCUGUAUCCAGGAUGCACUCUCUGCCUAACGACAGCUACAUGUUCCGACCUGUACGGCCCGCCAGCGCCCCCAACCCUUUGGAGGAGGUAGAUCUCAGUCCCCAGCACCAGCAUUCAGGCUCAGUGACAUCGGUCCACUCCCAGCCAUGUGACAGUCGCGCACUGCUUCAGGUACCAGACGUUUCCCCUGUUCACCCCCGGUCACCUCCCACCCUCACCCUUCCCCGCAUCGCCCCGCCAACCCCUAGCCCCUCCCCACGGGCCCUGCGCAGACAGGUGGCAGUUAAAGUGGAUUCUGUGGAGUUUCAGGGUUGUGAGCAACAGGAGAGGCCAAACCCUAUCCAACUGCCUUCCCCCUCCCCUUCUCCCCUCUCUCCUCAUACCUCAUCCCCAUCUCCCCUGCCUCCUCCUCCUCCCUCCUCUCCCUCAGCCCUCUCUCUUCCACCCAGCUCACCUUCUGCCUUCCCACUCCCUCCUCCCUCUCCUCUGUUCCCUCUACUGUCUUCGCCCUCUCCCCUCCCUCCACCACCAUCUUCCCCCUCGCUUCUUCUCCCUCCACCUCCCUCCCCCCGUCUCCCCCUGCGCCCUCCCAGCCUUCGGAGACCUAGACCACCCUCUGCUGCCUCCUUCUGUGACCCAGCAGAUGAGGAGGUGUAUCACAUCACCAGCUCGGCCCAAAGGUGGAGAGACGAGGAGGGGGUCGGGCUGGAGAGCAGAGGGAAGGCCGGCCGCAGCCACUCCCUCUCCCCGUACACCACCCCGCACUCUCUCGACUCCUCCCCUCUUCCUCCCCCAUUACCGCCUUCCUCCUCGAGGAGCGCACUCAGUCUGCUUGGGGUGGGAUUGAAGGACCGUGACUUCAGGAAGGGUUUUAGCGUUGACAACAAGGGCUUCCUGGACAAGCCGUCAUCAUUGUUUGCAGGUCACCCUGACGACCAGCGGCGCCACUCGAUCGAGGUCUGCCUUCCACAGGAUGUCAACGCCAGUGACAGCCAACACUCCACACAUGAGGCCCACCGGUCGGAAAAAAGUGGUCAGGCAUUCCCUAUGAGGGUGCAGUCAGUCGGGGGCGGCCACAGAAAGAAGAAGAUGAGUCCUCCUUGUAUAUCCAUACACCCGCCCUCAGAGAGGGAACACCCCCAAAUUGCCUCACCGCCAAAACUGGCUGACUGCAGCAUGAUGCUGAGACGCAGGACACCGUCCUACGACUUGACCGCGCACACACAGUCAAACACGCACACGCAAGACGUCUCAACACACUCCCUCUCCCCCGCUGCGAGGCACUCUCCUCUCACAGGGGACUACAUCCCCCUCCCCCAGUUCACCUUCGACCAACCACAGUCCAGAUACAUGAGCGGCCUGUCAGCUGGACUAUCAGACCCUGAUUCAGCCACCUGCUCAUCCCCUUUCGACAGCAGACUGGGAAGCAGUGCAGGAUUCAGUGCAAAGAAUCGGAGGACCGCCCAAUGA